GAGGGAAAGCAGGGGAAGAUAAUAUUCCGCUCACAGCUAUCCUUCUGGGACUGGAAAGUGAAUGAGGCAGAUAAGAACUGCUGACCUCAGACGCACUGCACACCUGACCUUUUUUCUUGUUGCUGCGUGCGUAUGUGCGUAUCGCUUUUCUUAUUUUUUCUCGAUCUCACCAGAAAACAUUAUCAAACUUUAACGACUAUUAACCUUUUUAAUCAUGCAGUGAAAGUGUGGUGUAGAUAAGGCCCCAGGGGAGAGUGUAAGUGUAUGGCUGCAGAGAAGUGACGCCCCUGCCCGCAUCCAGAUGUUUCAUGUUUCUCCUGCGCGCUCUUUGGAGAGGUCUUCUCGCGGAGGAACAGGGAAAUCUUAAACGCACAGUCCAUUGUCCAUGGUACCAGAGCGGGUUAAAGGGACAAUGAAUAUCGUGCUUUUUGCGUAAGGUAUGUCGAUUUUUGUACAUUUCUUCGUCUGGAGACUGGAGAGCUGUAAACUGAAGACGCUCAUGAUGCUGGGGAUUUAUUUGCUCUGGGUCUUCGCGCUGUCUGUGUACGCCGGUUCGAAUCACGAGGACGCGAUUGACCUUCUGGCAGCCCUCAACAUGUCUCACCACAUCAGCGGUGUGACUAGACUGCAGAGCCCUGACAGCGUGACGUACAAAAUACGCCCCAGAGCACCCUACUUGUCCCUACCUCCAGAAUAUUCCCAGUUCCUUUACUCCAACCUUCAGGGAAGUAUGGGCUUGUAUUUUGUGGGGCGUCAGUCCUCAAGCUCCAGCGCUACCCUUUUUUCUCUCUCGUCUCCAUCCUCAUCCAUUCUUCAAAUCAGUUCCUCCACCCUCAAUCACACUCUGCGUUUGGACUACCAGGGUGGAGGAAGAGGCACUCAGGGCCUUGCCAGCUUUUACUUCCCCAGGAGAAACCCCUUCUCUGGUGAGGAAUGGGUGCAGUUGGCUGUGAGCCUGGAGCCUGAUAGAGUGACAUUUUUCGUAGACUGUCAAGAAGCUGUUGUUGUGCCGAUAAAAAGUGAAGAGAGGAUUAACCUGGAACUGCCUCAAAAUGUUGUCAUCACUCUUGCCGGCACACCACGAAGGAAAGUCAGCAAAUUCAGUGGAUGUUUGAAGACAGCUGAGAUUUCAAUGAAAGCAUAUCUAAGGCGCCCAUGGCUCUGCGACAAUGUUACAGAUUCUCUGUCUCUGUCUCAGUACCCAGAGGCCCAGAGCUCAGAUUCUCCAACUGACAACAGUCGAAUGCUUCAGCAUGGUGCUUCCCCCAGUGAACUCAGAACAAGUCAGAGGUCAAUGGACCAAGUUGGUCAGUAUCCCCAUGACAUCCAGAGUGACCAGCAGCAGAGAGGUGCUGUCCUGGGGCCUCCAGGAUCUCCUCAAGGGGUGAAGUCUUUUUCCCAAGCACAGAGAGAAGACAGGCUGAAGAAGCUGGAGAAGAGGAUGGAGGAGCUUGCUCGUAUGCUGGACAUAGUCAAAGCUCAGAACGUAGACCUACAGUCGCGCAUAAAGUACCUGGAGGGAUGUGAGUGUGUGAGGCAGCAAUGUAAUUGGGAGGGACGUGAAGUGGACAACGGCCAGCAAUGGCAAACUGACGUCAACACUGUUUGUACUUGCACAUCUGGAAAGGUCACAUGCCAGCCCAACAUCAGAGGGUGUGAUCUGGAUGGUACAGUUCAUAAUGUGUCUUACAGCACUCUAGAUGGCUGUCAGACAUGCACAUGUAAGGGUGGUAAAAGGGAGUGCACUCCCCUGGCCUGCCCGUCACUGGACUGCACACAGAAGGAGACUGUACCUGGAGACUGCUGCCAGCAAUGCAGAAGCUGCAUCCAUUCUGGUGCCCGGUAUGAUCACAGAGCCCAGUGGAGACCAGAGGAGAAUCCCUGUGAUGUCUGCCACUGUUUGGAAGGUCAAGUUCACUGUGAGAGGGAGCAGUGCCACACCCCUUGUAAAAACCCAGCUGCUCCACCACCCAAUACCUGCUGUCCAGUUUGUCGGGGCUGUGGUGUGAAUGGUCAUGACUUUCCUAAUAGAGCUAUGAUUCCUACUGGGGACCCAUGUCAAGAGUGUACCUGUGUGGAUGGAAACAUGGUGUGUUCAGCCCUUCCCUGUCCUGCUUUGUCUUGUCGAAGCCCUGUUCAUCAUGCUGGAGAUUGUUGCCCUCGGUGUGAGCAGUGUGAAUAUGAGUCCAGGGUGUAUGUGAAUGGACAGGAGUUCCCCUCCAGCAGAGACCCCUGCCUCCUUUGCCACUGCUCUGCAGGUAAAGUGUCUUGUGAGCGUAGGGAUACAUCAUGUCCCACACCACACUGUAAUCAUCCAGCUAAGCACCAGGGAGAGUGUUGUCCCACAUGUGAUGCAUGUGAGUAUGACAGGAGGGUGUACGCUGAUGGAAACGUGUUCACCCCUGCUGGGAGUGGACCCUGUCUACAGUGCAGGUGUCAGGCUGGCAGUGUUCUUUGCUAUGAAGAGAAGUGUCCACCAGUCCAGUGCUCCAAGCCUAUUAUAGACCCACGUCUCUGCUGUCCAAUCUGCAAAGUGUGUAUGUUGGAGGGGGUGGAAUAUGAAGACGGCUCCAGCUGGCACCUUGAGGACCCCUGUUCCAGUUGCACCUGUGUGAAUGGAGAGACCCUUUGUACGCACACAAAUUGCCCUCGCAAUGAGUGCCUGCAUCCCACCAAGAUCACUGGCUCAUGUUGUGCGAUGUGUGAAAGCUGCACCUAUAACCAUCGUAUCUAUAGCAACAGCCAGAGGUUUACAACUCCUGACCAGCCGUGCCACAUCUGCACCUGUCAGUACGGCACUGUGGAAUGCAAAAGAAGACCUUGUCCUCCACUCAACUGUACCAAUGCAUACACACCACCUGGAGAAUGCUGCCCUAAAUGUCCAGACUGCUCCUUUGAAAACCGUGUGUUUGUGAAUGGAGAUGCUUUUCCCAAUCCUGUGAGUGUGUGUGAGGAGUGUAAGUGUGUGAGCGGCAGGAUUGACUGCCACCAAGCACAGUGCCCUCAACCUCACUGUAAUGCGCCUCGGCCUGGAACCUGCUGUCAGAACAACUGCAAUGGCUGUAGCUAUGCUGGGAAAGAGUAUGUCAAUGGGCUGGAGUUUCCCCAUCCUACUGACAAAUGCAGGACAUGCACUUGCAUGAAUGGGAAUGUCCAGUGUCUGAUGAAGAGGUGUCCACCGCUGCCAUGCUCCAACCCAAAUGUCCGGCCGGGAGACUGCUGUCCCCGGUGUCCUGCUCCUCCACUGGACUGUGUGUAUGAACUACAGUCCUACAGACACACUGAACGUUUUUACCACCCGAAUGACAACUGUCGAUUAUGUGCCUGCACCAACGGGACAGUUCAAUGUCAGCGCAAACCCUGUCCCUUCGCUUCAUGUUCUCACCCCAUCACACAAGAGUGCUGCCGGACCUGCGAAGGCUGUUUGUAUGAGGGUCGAGAGCGAGCUAAUGGAGAGACGUGGGAUGACUUGUCAGACCCAUGUUCUGUGUGUGUGUGUCGUGAGGGCUCUGUCCGGUGUGACAGGAAGCGCUGUCCUCCCUCCAACUGUAACCACCCAAUCCAGACACAGUGCUGCAUGUCCUGCGAUGGCUGCAUGUUUCAUGGUAAAGAAUAUGCUGAUGGCACUGAGUUUGCUGAUGGCAGAGACCCCUGUGGUGUGUGUAACUGUUACGGAGGGGAGGUCACCUGCACCAAGAUGCCCUGUUACAUAGACUGCAAUCACCCAUAUAAACCACCUGGACAAUGCUGUGGAGAAUGUGAACGCUGUUAUUACAACAGUGUAGUCCUCACCAACGGACAGUCCAUCCCUGACCCAGGGAACCUCUGCUCUGAAUGUACCUGCCAGGGCGGCUCAGUGCGCUGUGUGAAGAAGCAGUGUCCAGCAGCACGCUGUACUCACCCAGCCACCAACGCAUGCGGCUGCCCUGUCUGUGAUGGUUGUCAUUUCCAAGGUGGGACGUAUGCUGACGGACAGGUUCUUCCCGGCGGAGACAAAGGGUGCCGUGACUGCACCUGCCUAAGAGGCGAGGUGGUGUGUGCGCAGAGGAGAUGCCCUGCUGUGUCAUGCCCACACCCAGCUUUGGACGGCUGUGGCUGUGCAGAGUGUGAUGGAUGCAACUUUUAUGAACGAGACUGUUUUAAUGGAGAGCAGUUCCCUCACCCGACAGACCACUGUCAGCUCUGCUCCUGUCUGAACGGUGGUGUGGUGUGUGCACAUACAUCUUGUCCAAGCGUUUCCUGUGCACGUCCAGUGACCCCUCCGGGAGAGUGCUGCCCUGUCUGCACAGGCAUUUGUCUGCAUCAGGGGAGAGAGUAUCAGUCUGGGUCCACCUUCGCUUCACCCUCUGACCCUUGCUCCUCAUGCUCCUGUCUGAAUGAGGUGGUGAACUGUCAGAAAAGACCUUGUCCAGUCCAGUGCUCCCACCCAGUGCCUUCAGAAACCUGCUGCCCCGUCUGUGACUCCUGUCUGUACGAGGGCAUCGUGCACUCUCAUAGUCACACCUUCACGCCCUCCUCUAACCCCUGCCAACGAUGCACAUGUAUUAGAGGCACCGUCACCUGUGUGCCUGUGGUCUGCCCGCCAACACCCUGUGCUCGACCCAUUACCAAGCCGGGACAGUGCUGUCCUGAGUGCACAGCUUGUGUACUGGAUGGACAGGAGUUCAUUGACGCGCAGACUUGGACCAGAAGCUCAAAUCACUGCUCAACCUGUACCUGUCAGGCAGGUGAAGUGCAGUGUACAUCUCCCGAGUGCCCCAAGCUGCCAUGUAUGCAUCAGGUGACUGAUCCAGGAGCCUGCUGUCCUCGCUGUAGAGGUUGUAUGUAUGAAGGAGAGGAACAUACAGAGGGCAGCAGCUGGUUCGCGGACUCCACUCCCUGUAUGACUUGUAUGUGUGUGGACGGAGUGACCACCUGCUCCGAAGUACACUGUUUAUCUCCCUGUACCAACUUGAUCAGUGUGCCUGGGGAGUGCUGCCCUGUGUGUGCUGACUGUGUAUUUGAGGGCGAAGUGUAUGGCCCAGGGGACAGUUUCCAUCCAGCCCAUGACCCCUGUCAGAUCUGCACUUGUGAGGUGAUGCCGAACGGAGAACAACACCUGAGGUGUUACCGAAAACAGUGUCCCAGUCUGGUCGACUGUCCUAAAAGCAACAUCUUGUUCUCUGGGCCAGACUCCUGCUGUCCUGUCUGUGCACAGCCUCUCAGUAACUGCACCGCUGCACUGAUUGGCAACGAGGUGUUAGCCACAGAUGACCCCUGUUUUACCUGCCACUGCCAGGACCUGACCUGGACCUGCCUACACCAGAUGUGCCACCCGCUUUCUUGCCCUCAUAAUGAACAGUUCACACCUCCAGAUUCAUGCUGCCCUGUGUGUAAAGAGUGUUUGAUUGACGGUCAGAACAGAGUGGCUGAUGGCAGCAUUUGGAGAGACAGCGAUGACGACUGUGUAACAUGUACCUGUAAUUUGGGUCACAUUGAGUGCAGCAUUGAGGAGUGUUCACCUGCAGUUUGUCUGGAUGGCCAGAAUCAAGUGAAGACUCCAGGGAAAUGCUGCCCUGAAUGCCAAGACUCAGGGAUGUCGUGUUCGUACCAGGGGACAGUGUAUCACUGUAACGAACAGUGGGAGGUGGAUGAGUGCACCAGCUGUACAUGUGUGUCUGGAGACGUGCACUGUCAUAGUGAACGCUGCCCUCCCCUCACCUGUGCAACAGAUGAGAUGCCAGCAGUUGUCCCAGGUUUGUGCUGUCCUCAUUGCCUUCCUCGUCCAGGCAGCUGCAUCGCCUUCGGCGACCCUCAUUAUCGCACCUUCGAUGGUCGCAUGCUGCAUUUCCAGGGAGCGUGCACAUAUGUCCUGGCACAGGACUGUGAGGGGAUAGACUUCAGUAUUCAUGCAACUAACGAUGAUCGUGGACGUAAAGGAGUGUCCUGGACUAAAGAGGUGACUGUGUUUAUAAGAGACGUCACAGUGCAGCUGCUCCAGGAUUGGGUUGUGAAGGUCAAUGAUGAAGUUGUCACUUUGCCGUUCCUCAGAGAACCGUACAUUUAUGUUGAACGACAAACCAACACCAUCUUGCUCAACACUAACAUCGGCCUGAAGGUGCUGUGGAACGGCCGUUCACACUUGGAAGUGAGCGUGCCAGGCUCCUAUAAGGGCCACACCUGUGGCCUCUGUGGAAACUUCAACAACUACCAUCAGGACGAUCUGCGAAUGCCCAGCGGACGACUCAGCCAGUCAGAGGCUGAGUUUGGCAACAGCUGGAGGGUCACAAAUGGUAGCCACUCCCUCUCAUCCUGUCGACCUGGUAAGGAUGUCGACCCCUGUAAGGACGCAGGUUACCAGGCCAAGAAGGUGGCUAAUGCUCACUGUAAGGUCUUGAAGUCUGCUGUCUUUAAGCCCUGCCAUCGCGUGGUGCCUCCUGAGCCAUGGUAUGGAGCCUGCGUAUAUGAUCUCUGUGCCUGCGGGGCCAAUAGUGAUGAGUGUCUAUGUGAUACGCUGGAGGCCUACGCCUCUCAGUGCAGAGAGGCCGGAGUCGUCCUUCAGUGGAGGAGUCCAUCACUGUGUGCUGUUGGCUGUCCAGUGGAGAGGGGCUUUGUGUUUGAUGAGUGUGGUCCCCCGUGUCCCGUGACCUGCUUUAAUGUCGACGUACCACUGGGGGUGAUCGAGAGCCACUGCUUCAAGCCCUGUGUCCCAGGCUGCCAGUGUCCUGCUGGUCUGGUUCUACACAACAACUACUGCAUACAGGCCGAAAAAUGCCCCAAGAUCAUUCACGACAACCACACAUAAUGCUUGUACUGCUCGCUUUUAGGAGUACACUUAAUUUGUAUGCACACUCAUGCACUGCCAUCUCUGAUAAUCUACAGUCCACACAAGGACUGCAUCAGCCUUUUGUUACUGUA